GCCUGGCCCUUGGCCUCCUGGGACCGUGGCCCUCUGUCGACAGGGAGAAGUCAGCCACUCCUGCGGGGCCCCUUGAUCUUCAGGGAGCUCCCAGAGCAUGGAUCCCUCCUGACUGCCCCCUUGGCCCGAUGAUCCUCACGGUCAAGCUGCUGCUGGGCCGGAGAUGUAGCGUGAAGGUGUCGGGGCAAGAGAGUGUGGCCACGCUGAAGAAGCUGGUGUCGCAGCAGCUGCAGGUGCCCGAGGAGCAGCAGCACCUGCUUUUCCGCGGCCAGCUCCUGGCUGAUGACAAGUGCCUCUCCGACUACUGCAUCGGGCCCAAUGCCUCCAUCAACGUCAUUGUGCGACCCUUGGAGACGACCACACUGGAGACAGCCCAGCAGGCCCAGGCCCAGGCCCAGCCCCUGUGGCACCAGCUGGACCGGGUCCUGGCCAGACACUUUGGGCCGCAGGAUGCCAAGGCCGUGCUGCAGCUGCUGAGGCAGGAGCACGAGGGGCGCCUGCAGAGGGUGAGCCUGCAGGACCUGGAGCAGCUGGCACAGUGCCUCUUGGCAGAGCAGUGGUGCGUGGAGCCAGCCGGAGAGGGGAGCCUGAGGUCAUGGUCUCGGGGCUCCUGCAACAAAGAGGAGCAGGAGGAGGAGGAGAAAGAGAAAGAGAAGGAGGAGGCAGCGGCGGAGGAGGCGGAGGCAGAGGCGGCGGCUGAUCAGUAACUGGACCGUCCAUUCAUUUGCACUCUGGGCUUCUCCUAGCCUCAAGCUCAUGUAUUCCCCUGUGACUUUUCCCACUGCCGCCUCCUAAUGUAGAUGCAUCGCACCCCUC